UAUUUUUUGUGGGGGGGGGGGUGAAAUGUCAGAGAGUUCAUGAAGAGUUUAGGGGCCUCAGACUGGUGUCCUGCUGCUGCAGUUCGUGGUUUCCUCACAACAAGGGACGGCGUGACGCCCUUUAACCAGUCAGGCGAGUCUGUCACAUUCCCCGCGCUGCUAAUACUUUCCUCGUGUCCCUGCCGCUGCCACUGAGCCUCGGCCUCUCCCAUUCGCUCCCCGCGGGGGCAGCAGCAGCUCCUGUGCCAGUCUCCCCCUCCCCCCCGCAGCUGACGGAGCGUUGAGCCGCACGUGAGCUUCAUAUGACACUGGGGCAGCAGCUGGAUCACUCGGCACCGGGCGUGCUGCUUGUCACAGGGAGGCGGGACACAGAUAGUCUCCUCCCACCCGUCACACGCCUCCCCUCCCACCCAUUUAACCAGAGGCUGAGGCACAGCAGAGCAGCAGUACCUAACGGGGAAAGGUACAAGCUGUGUGCUCUCACUCUACUCUCACUAGCCCUGGACGAGCCCAUUCGCUCCGUCAGGUUCAUGCCACUGACUGGAAUACACACACCCACCCGCUCCAUUCCCAAACAGCUGCCACUCGGGGAUUGUGCCAUGGACAGAAUUCCCAGCGCCCAGCCCGCCUGUCUGGAGAGAGCCGCGUCCCUGUCUGGGAUGGACUUCUCCCAUAUGUAUCCCGUCUUCAAACACAGGAAAGGUCUGAAGAGGUGUGAGGAGAGCAAGCAGGACACAUACAAGCUGCCACACCGGCUUAUCGAGAAGAAGCGGCGGGAUCGAAUCAAUGAGUGCAUCGCUCAGCUGAAAGACCUGUUGCCGGAGCACCUCAAACUGACUACUUUGGGUCACCUUGAGAAAGCCGUGGUUCUGGAGCUGACCUUGAAACACGUGCAGUCUUUGUCCAGUCUGAUCGAGCAGCAACAGCAGCAGAUCCUCACACUUCAGAGUGGGUCCCCUUCUGAGGAAAGCAGAAUAUCUGCAGAGGAAAUGUUCCAUUCAGGGUUCCAGCUCUGUGCAGAGGAGACUUUAUGCUUUCUACAGGGCGGAGAAAGAAAAGAGCUGGUGGCCCAUCUUCAUCGGGUGGCUUCGAAGCUUGGCAAGAGCUCUCCCAGUUUUCCAAAACUUCCUGAGAAACCUGUACCCAAGGUGCAAGCAACCAACUGUGUCCCUGUUAUACGCCGUGCAGCCCCUCUCCCAUCUGGAGAACAGAGCGGGACCGAUACAGAUACGGACAGUGGUUAUGGUGGGGAGGCUGAAAAGGGUGAAUGCCAUCCUGAGAUUACAGAGAAGGAAGAGGCCCCCGCUUUGGAAAGGAUCAUCAAACAGGAAAAGGAUGGGAUACCCAAAAAGAAACCCAGGAUCGAGGCAACUGAGGAAGAAACACGGUUUUGCAGUAGUGACCUCUCAUCUUUGGGUGUUUAUCCAACUCAGCCUCCCUUAUGCCUUCCCUUUUAUUUUAUUCCUCCUUCAGCCAAUGCCUAUCUUCCUAUGCUGGAAAAAUAUUGGUACCCCAAUGGGUCAGUGCCCAUGAUGUAUCCUCCAAUAUCGCAUUCUGGUCUGUUGAGUCAAGAUACUUGUAAACCUCAGCAUGCUACUCCACAAACUGUAUCGCCCUUGGAUUCUUCUGCACUGCUACAAGCUCUCAAACAAAUGCCUGCCCUGGGUACAGAACCUAAGGACUGACCCAAUGAAGGCAAUCACCAUGGCAAUGCCAGCAGUAGAAUCCAACAAAGAAGGAUCAUUGGCUCCUCAGUAUGAGAUGCCCAUGGAAGAGGUAUCUGCCUCCCCAGAGGAGGUCCAUGGAAAUGGCGGACACUUGUAGGAGAGAAGGAUUGGGCACUAUAGGUCCUGACUGUCAUUUAGGACUGUCAUUUCAUUAUUGUGUUAUACUGUACACUACAGGACAACACAUGUGAGCCAACGCAGUGAUAAUAUGUGAAGAUGCCUCUGUCUUGAACUUCUGGCUGAUUUUUGGAAGCUGCUAAAAUUAACAGAGAUGAAUGUAAGGGGUAAAAAAGACUUAACCUUACAAUAAGUGCUGUGUGACAGAACACCCCAAAGGAAGAGAAACCCUUUAUAACCAAUGGGCCUACAUGUUAUCUGCAAGCCACAAAGCCCCCAAAGAAGCACUCUUGGCUUGCUGAAGAUAAAGGCCCAACGAUAUUGCACUUUAUAUUCAGAAUACAAAACAAUUCCAUUCCUUUGGGUCCCAAACCUAGGUUCCAGGAAUAACGCUUAUUUUAAUGUAUUCAUAUUUUUGGGAAAAAUAAAAAUCUUUAUUUCUUGA